UAUAAAAUUAAAUAUGGCGUCGUCGUGCUAAACUGCCUUUGGCUCUGGCUCUUUGAAAACUUUUUUGUAAUAACAUUUAUCAUAUUUAUUCGUAUACGUUGUGCAGUAUCAAUAAUUUAAACGGGCGUGUGCUGUUUUUACAAUUUGGUGCAACGCGCCAACAUAAUCUUAAUGUUUUAAGUUAGAGAAGACAAAGUGCCGAGUGCAAAAACAACGGAUAGAGGAAACGACGUCGACAAAAUGAAAAUGCAUUUGUGAAUUUUCGCCCCAACACUUGACUCAACAUACAGACAUUGACACACACGCACAUUAGACCAACGAACCUCAGCAAAGGAUAGGAAAAGGAAAAAGCCAGCAUAAGCCACAACGGAGGCCUUGGAUACGAACUCGUUGCAGAAGAAACAAACGACUUAAACAGAACUUAAUGGCUCUAGUGACAGUGCAGCGUUCACCAAGUGUGGCGGGCUCAUGCUCGAAUUCGGAUGGCGAGGCUGAAGACGAAGAGGGUAAUAACAAAAGCGAGAGGAGCGAAUGCUAUUUUGCGGGCAAAGGUACCGCGCUGGUGUUAGCACUCAAAGACAUACCCCAGCAUGCAGAGCGACGUCUCAGCACCGACUCAACACGCUCCAGCAAUAGUACGCAAAGCAAUAACUCGGACAUACAGCUGCAUUUACAAUCCAUGUUUUAUUUACUACAGCGUGAAGACACAUUGAAAAUGGCUGUCAAACUGGAGUCGCAGCGUUCGAAUCGUACACGCUACCUUGUGAUCGCCUCGCGCAGCUGUUGUCGCUCGGCGGCUAGCAGUGAGCGACGCUCUAAAAUCAUGCGUCACAAUUCUGUAAAGUCAACGACAGCACCGCCUGGAACACCUGUUGCGCAACGCCAGCUAUCUGUGGAUAGCCACAAAGCGCAGCAACUUGUUCAAGAUGAAACGGCAAGGCGUCUAUCAGGUAACGCCGCCAAUCGUCAAAGCCUAAAAUGUGAUGUGGAUGGUCGGGAAACGGCAAAUGCUGGUGGCGCCGGCGACAGCAACAAGAAUACCUCAGGCAUGGAGGAAUCCUGUCUGCUGGGCAUUGAUUGCAACGAGCGCACGACCAUCGGCCUAGUCGUGCCCAUACUCGCGGAUACCACCAUUCACCUGGAUGGCGACGGAGGAUUUAGCGUCGCCGUCUACGAGAAGACCCACAUAUUUAAGCCCGUAUCGGUGCAAGCUAUGUGGUCGGCGCUGCAAACGCUGCACAAAGUAUCUCGAAAGGCUCGUGAAAACAAUUUCUAUCCAAGCGGACCAUCACACGAUUGGUUAUCCAUCUACGAAAGUCGCAUUGAGUCAGAUCAGUCGUGUUUAAAUGAAUGGAAUGCCAUGGAUGCGCUCGAGAGUCGCCGCCCGCCCUCACCAGAUGCCAUAAGAAACAAACCAACCGCCAAGGAGGAAACUGAAAGUGUCAUUAAAAUGAAGCUCAAAGCAAUCAUGAUGUCUGUGGAUUUGGACGAAGUAACCUCCAAGUAUAUACGCGGCCGCCUUGAAGAUUUAUUAGAUAUGGAUCUAGGCGAAUACAAAUCGUUUAUCGAUGCUGAAAUGUUGCGUAUAUUGGGCCAAAUGGAUGCGCCAACAGAAAUAUUUGACCAUGUCUAUUUAGGCUCGGAAUGGAAUGCAAGUAAUUUGGAGGAGCUGCAAAAGAAUGGUGUCCGACACAUUUUGAAUGUGACGCGGGAAAUUGAUAACUUCUUUCCGGGCACUUUUGAGUACUUCAAUGUGCGUGUUUACGAUGAUGAGAAGACGAAUCUGCUCAAAUACUGGGAUGACACAUUUCGGUAUAUCACGCGCGCCAAGGCCGAAGGCUCGAAGGUGCUGGUGCACUGUAAAAUGGGUGUAAGUCGAUCUGCUUCUGUAGUCAUUGCGUAUGCGAUGAAGGCAUACAAAUGGGAGUUCCACCGUGCCUUGGAGCAUGUGAAGAUGCGUCGCAGCUGCAUUAAACCGAACAAGAAUUUUCUUAAUCAGCUAGAAACGUAUAGUGGCAUGCUGGAUGCUAUGAAGAACAAGGAAAAGCUACAGCGUAGCAAAAGUGAGACCAACUUAAAGAGCACAAAGGAUGCACGCCUUCUGCCGGGCAGUGAGCCAACGCCAUUGAUACAGGCGCUCAAUCAGGCCAAGUCGAAGUCCUCCGGAGAGUCGGGCAAUGAACAACAGGGAAGCGGCGAUCAUGGUCCGUAUCGUCGCAGCAGCGCACAAAAGCAGCGUCGCAUGAUGCGUCGUUCGAGUAGCACAUCACCAAAAACACAAUGUGCCGUAGAAGUGAUAAAGCAGCAGAGCCAAUCUAUGGAGAAUUUAACGCCAGAGCGUAGCGUUGCAGAGGAACCGAAAAAUAUGCGCUAUCCGGGAAGCAAUGGUGAGAACUAUAGCGUCACCCAGAAUCAGGUGUUGCACAUCCAAAAGCAUACUCCGCUGUCUGUACGUACACGUGUCCAUGAUCUCGAGGCUCAUCAAGAGCCACCACGUCGCAGUCUGCAGUCGCAAGCUUCAGCGCAAACGCAGCCAGCCCAGUCCCAAGGACCCGUGUGGACUUCACUAUCCAAGCUGAUUACGCAAACAUCCUUUUCGCGUCGGGACUCCAGCUCAUCGGAAGUGUUUACCACAGCUGUGGAGCAGGUGGAUGAGCGGGAGAAGCGACAUCGACGAAAAACGCAGUCAUGGACGGAAUCGUUUGGACCCAGCGGAGGCAUCAUUCUUGAUGCACCGCUCCAACAAUCCAAUGUGACACCCAGUGCCGUACUUCGCACGCGCGGUCCACGACAGCGUGAACUACCCUCGCGCCAUGCCAGUUGGGGAUCGGGCGACAAUCGCAGCAGUUUGCCGCUGCGUACAAGUUCCUGCAGCUACUAUGAUAGUAAUCGCAACACCACAGCCAUCUUUGAAGGUGAGAUUCAGGAUCUGAAGCGCAGUAGCAGUAGCACCACAGCGAGCAAUUGCAAUACCAGCGAAUCACAGCUGGGCACUGUAAAGCGUACCAAACAGAAAUUGGAGGAAAACACAACCCUCAAGAAACGCUGCCAGGAGAACGAACUAGAUGACCUGGAUACAGCAACAGCGGAAACGACAACGGUAGCGGGUGAGAAAAAGUGUGCCAAUCUGUUUCGAAGUGUAUCCUCGGCGAGCACCACGCGCCAGCGCCAGCCGUUGCGGUGUAACAGCGAAGAGCUAAUGCACACCAGCGAUAUUGAAAACAAAAACACUGCAGCUGAUCUGGUUGUGGUGUUGCGUGCACAAAAUAUUGCUGUGGCCGAGGAUCAGCGCAUUUCGGGCAAUGUGCAAAUACUCAAGCAGAACUUUGAAGCCAAAGCGGGCGUGGUGGGUGUGUCGGGCAUUGGCAGCACAGCUGUCGGCGCUACGAAUGUGACUGCAAUUGUUCCAAGCAAGAAGGCGACACAUCAAUCACUACCCUCCUCGCCGGUUGCGCAGCAUGCCGAUCAUGUGCUGGUGGACAAUGUGGCUGCAAUUACAUCAGCGGCAAAGUCCUCAUCGAGCACAUCGGCCAACUCAUCCGACUCCAGCGUAAGCGAAACUUGUGAUCGUAAUGUAAAAGGUCUAGUGCAUAAAUAUCAAACCACUUCCUGUAGUAACAAUCCUGUUGCGGCAACGCCGAUAGCCACAACACUGCCGCCACCCACCACCAACACAACAGCAACCGCCACCACCACCGCCAAUACAGCCACCACAACCAUCAACAGCACCAUAAGCGUCACUAGCUUCAGGCAACGCCCGCGCUCCUACUACGAUCGAUCGCUGUCAAACAGAGCACACGAUUACAGUGAGAACCGACCGCCGCCCGCACCUGCCCGACACAUUGCCAGCAAUCUAAAUCAGUUACAACUGCAGCAGCACAACACUAUAACUCAUCUGCAGCAAUCUGAACAACAGCAGCAGCAGCAGCAAGUGCAGCAUCGCCGUCUAGCGCAGCAUGGAAAGACCCAUCCACUCACUAGGCUAAGUUUACCAAAGCAAAGCUUCAACACUGCUGCAUACAAUACCAUCCUUUACCGCAUGAUAGCCACGUUUCGCUACUCCUGGGCCGAGUGCAAGAAGUGAGCCACCGAACCUUGAUGUGACACCCCACCUAUAUUUUAUUUCCAAUGUGCUAUCCGCGAAACACACAUUUAAU